AUGCUGGGGAAAAAUAAACUCCUUUGGGAAGAAGAAAUUUUUAAAUUUUUAAAAUGUCAGCAGCUACGCACCGUUAGUGCUUAUCUGCCGACAUCCGACGAAUGCCAACUCGAUCCUCACGUGUACGAGAUGGUUUUGUACGAAUUUCUAAAGUUCGAUGUAAGCGGAUUUCUAAAUCUUAUUAAGGAAUGGCCAUCUCACCUGUACGACGGCCUGGCUGUUAUUAACGCCAUACACGAUAACUUUCGUAAGCAACACGCUGAUCAUUUGCUCGAAUCCUUGGCUCUUCUAUAUUCAUAUCAGGGUGAUUUCGAAAGCGCCCUUCGAAUGUAUCUAAAGUUACAGAACAAGGAUGUCUUUCAAUUAAUACGCCGCUAUGAACUUUACGAUGCCAUUCCAAAAUUAAUUAUACCAUUAGUUCAAUUGGAUCGUGAACGUGCCUUUGAAAUACUUCUAGAUAAGAACAAGAUAAAGCCAGCAGUCGUUGUCCAUCAGGUGGAGCACACUCCAGAGUAUCUAUACUGGUAUUUGGACUCUUUGCAAAAAGUGGAUACCAAUAAUGCAUAUCAAAGUAAACUGGUUUCCUUGUAUGCGAAGUAUGAUCGAAACCAACUUUUGCCAUUUCUUAUGCGUUCAAAGGAAUACGUAAUUCUGGAGGCGUUGACCAUAUGCAAACAAGAAGGGUAUUAUCCAGAGAUUGUCUACUUACUUGGUUGCAUGGGCGGAGUGGAAGCGGCCAAAGCAUUAAAUAUUAUUAUUCAUAGAAUUAAUGACAUAGAAAUGGCUAUCGAGUUUUGCAAGGAACAUGAUGACAACGACUUAUGGCAUCAGCUUAUCAAUGAAACUACCGAACAACCCGAAAUUGUAGCCAAAGUCUUAGACGGCAUUGUGGACUAUGUGAACCCCGCCGUGGUUGUUAGCCAAAUUAAAUUGGGCCGGACAAUUCCGAACCUGCGAAAAUCGCUUAUUAAAAUGCUGUGGCACUACAAUCUCCAAGAGCAAACAUUAUCUUUCGCCCAUAAGAUUCAACUGGAAGACUAUUUUGAUACCCAUUCCGAGGUGGUUACACUGCACAGACGUGGUCAGCAAGUAUUCUGCGAAAAACUAUGCCUUUUAUGUCAACGCCCAGUAAUAAUGAAAAAUACUGCUUAUAAUUGUAUCAUCGGAUUUAGGUGUGGCCACGUGUUCCAUAAGUUGUGCAUACAAGGCAUUCCUGCCGACAAACGCUGCAAAGAGUGUAAACAGUGGGCCAACGAUCUAGAUUUGGAAGAAUAAGUUUAAAGUGACAUCACAGCAGUUUUCUCCUUGCUUGGUUACUAACCAUUUGUCUUUGUAAUGUAUUUAGCGUUCUGUGUUAUGAUCACGUCUUGUGUAGGUACCAUUACAGAAAAUUUCUGAAAAUAAACUAA